AGGGGGGAGAGAGUGAAAGAAAACUAAGCCCAGCUUUUGCCGGUGCUGCUUGGAUUGGAUCUGGUUUGAGUUUCCUCUCUGCUGGCUUGUGUAGCAAGAGAGGAGGAGUGGGGGGAAGUAACUCAGUCUUCCUCUGAAGCUUAAGCAAAUGUGCUGCUGCCUGCGCUGGCCGGGAGCUACCCUGGGUGCAGUUGCCUCGCAGCUUAUUGCUCUCAGUUACUAAGGAACUGCCUGGACUUCUAGAGGACCUAGAGGAAAAAGACAUCACUUCACAGACCUGAUAGUUGCUCAGUGCCUAUAGACUUGACACUUUUUUUUUUUCCUAGGGGAUCCUUUUUAAAAAUUAUUUUUCUCCUCUGUUUUUCAGAACAGCAGUUCCUUCAGUGUGUGGCAUUGAAAUCCAUUGCUUUGUUAACAACUUUGGGAGAUAUUUUUAAAAACUUUUUUCCCCCUCUCUUCUGUUUUCUUUGCCAAAAGAAAAAAAAACAAAAAAAAGAGAGGAAAAAAAAAAGGAAAACAAAAAGGAAAAUAAUUUUGGGGGAGGGGAGAUGAUCGUGCUGAUGUGGAAUAAGUGCUCCUGCUGUCUCCUCUUACUAGCCGCGGUCCUGAUCGUGGAGAGCUCCCAGCUAGACAGCUCCAGCUCCAAGGUGAACUCCAUCAAGUCCACCCUGAUGGGGGAGGCUCCAACUCAGGCAACCAACAGAUCUGCAGGCAUCCACCAGGGACUGAUGCUUGCUAGCAGUAAGAAGGGCAAAAUGCUAGAGCAGAUGGGAAAACCUCCCAAGCACUAUCACCGGCAAGGAGAGGCCUAUCCUUGUACUAAUGACAAGGAAUGUGAAGUUGGGCGGUACUGUCACAGUCCUCACCAAGCAACGUCUGCAUGCGUGGUGUGCCGGAGGAAGAAGAAGCGCUGCCACAGAGACGGCAUGUGCUGCCCUGGGAACCGCUGCAACAAUGGUAUUUGCAUACCAGUAACUGAAAGCAUCCUUACACCCCACAUCCCUGCUCUAGAAGGGCCACGCAACAAGAAGAGUGGUCAUUAUUCUAGCAAGGAUUUGGGAUGGCACAACCUAGGGAGGCCGCGCUCCAAGCUGUCGCACAUAAAAGGACACGAGGGUGAUCCCUGCCUACGGUCAUCAGACUGUAUAGAGGGACACUGCUGUGCUCGCCAUUUCUGGACCAAAAUUUGCAAGCCUGUGUUGCACCAGGGGGAGGUGUGCACCAAACAGCGCAAGAAAGGGUCCCAUGGACUGGAGAUUUUCCAACGAUGUGACUGUGCCAAGGGGCUGUCAUGUAAAGUAUGGAAAGAUGCGACCUCCUCUUCUAAAUCAAGACUUCAUGUGUGCCAGAAAAUCUGAAGGCUGAUUGGGAAGACAGUAAUAAGUGACUGUGGCUUUAUGUGUUAAAUGCAUUAUGGCAUGGUGGAAAAACAGGACUGCAAAUGGAAGUGGAAUGGCUAAAGUAACAGUUAGAGUAGAAGUCACACCCAAUGCAUUACUUUUUGAGCUGGUGGUGUAGCUGGAGUUUAUCUACUGUCCAGUUCUUCUGUAAAUAACUUCUACAGUUUGUGGGAAAUGCUAGUAUGCAAACAAGUAGAGUGGAAAUGAAUGUCACUUACCUUGCUGCAUUGUCCCGUGAUGUUUCAGGGCGUUCAGUGUUAGGGCUAGAGUGGGUUUCCAGUGUGUUAAUGCCUGCUAAAUAAAUUGUAUACAUUGUACUCCUAUAGGAAGCAGUGCAUGCCAGGAACUGGCAUCUGUCAACUCAUGAUUUGGCGCAUUGCAGGUGUAAGAAAUUGAAAUAAAGUUACUGUGAAUGUCCAUAUGCCCUUGUCUUUCAGGGCUGACACUUCAGCAGAGAAAGCACUCCUGCAGGACAAGAGUGCUAUGUUUUGCAGGUCCUUAUGAAGGAGGUAAAAUCUUGCCAUCUCAAAAUUUCAAGAAGGCAGCAGUUUCUCUAAGAGGAGGCAUUUAAACAGGGUUUUGUUUCCUAUACAUGGGUAAAUUGAAAAUCUUUAUGUAGUUCAGUGUCAUAGUAUGGCACUUAAUCACUUGUAUUUGCCUCAGUUUACUGCUAAUAUACAUUGGGUUGAACAGAUGAAGCAAAUAUGUGUGCAUGCUGAAUCCCGAAUUAUAUAUAGGCAGUUCCUCAUUAGUCCUAAAUAUACUUUCCUAACCUAAGCAUUCUUGCAUUAUAGACAUUUCCAAAGGAAAUAGCAGAGUGUUGAAGUGCCUAACAUGAAGAGCUAUGAAGCUGUUUCUCUGUUGCUAUUAUAAUAGAUGACAUAGACAUUUAUUGAAGUGUUUAGAGCAUACUGCUACAAACUCAAAUUUCUACAUUUUAUUAGUAGCAACAGGCUACUGACGGCACUCUGCAGCAGUAUAAUGGAUUUGUUCCUAGAGACAGCAAAGAAAAAGGAGCUGGGUCUUGUGUGCACCUCCUCUCCUGCAGAAAAGGAAGUAAGAAGAUGGUAUGACCACAAAUGACUUGCUAAACAACAUGUGAUGUCACAGCCUACCAGCCUCCAGCAUGUAUUAAGCCUGAACUUGAUGUCCUCUCAUUCUGGAGUGUUCUGCCAGGAAUGAUGGAAGUACAUAGACUGUAGAAACAGCUGCCAACCCUACAUUGUUUGUGUACUGCUUAAAAAAGGGCAGCCUCUGUCCCUUGCCUUGUCUCCAAGGUCUUUUCAAACCUUUUUAGUUUUACUUAUUUGCAAGUAUUCCUUUGUAUAGACUUUGAUUAAGAGAAUAAUAUUACUUUAAGGAAGCCUGAUUCUGUAAUUGACCUACUGCUAAGUUGUAAUUACCCAUUUAUAAUUGUGCAUUUUCAUGUUCUGUAACACAGCGGACUUUUCUGUUUAUUCAGUUCUGAACAACGUGGGUAGACCGGUAUGCAGUUUAACUCUAGAAAACCUGUCACCAUUACCAGAUAUCUUUUUGCACCAGUGGGAUGCUUUAAAGCUAUAGCUUAGCUACACCAACAGACUCAGCCUUCCUAAUUAGAACACAGACCUUGGCUACUUUGCCCUUAUCUUUCAUAAGAGUCUGAAUAAGAAGAGUAUUUCACACACCUCUUUCCCUACUGGAGUUAGCUUUUAUUGACCUAGGGAUGCUCAGAGACAGGGGCUUCUGUUUUUUAAGUCUCAGUCAGAGCUUUAUCUUGGAGUCCUCUCAUUGCAAAUCUGCUUAUUUUGGAAUUUUUUUUUUUUUUUAUGUAACUGGAAAAGUAAUAAGGCUCAGAAAUUUCAAGAAAAGUCCAGGAACAAAUUUUGCAAGUUUUAUUUACACUGAUGCAGCACAUACUCAGCAGAGGAACUUGAGUGCUCUCAUUGUCACUACAUAGAAAAGAAAAUGAAAUCCAGCCUGAGCAGAGGGGUGUUGCAGAAAUGGGGUCUCAGAAAUUUUUAGCUCUUCCUAUCAUUGGCCUACUCCCUACUUUGCUCUUGCAGAACAUAGCUUUUUGGGAUAAUUUAUUUACAGGAAAUGUUUAAUGAGAUGUAUUUUCUUAUAGAGAUAUUUCUUACACAAAGCUUUGUAGCAAAAUAUAUUUGCAGCCUGUUGACUUUAAUGUAGAAAAAUGUAUAAUAAGAUUAAAUAUAUUAAAUGUUCUUUCCCAUUCCUCCCCAAAUAUGUUACCCAUGUUCUUUUCCUUUCCUGCUGCUUAAAAAGAAUAGGUCUUUCUCGAAAAACAUACGAAUCAGUUGAAAAAAAACCACCCUACAUAUAUUUUAGCUAUACAAGUAAAAUAUACAAUCAAAUGCUUGUACUUGUGUCUGAGAGCACUAUGUGGGCUGAGUUUUGAUAAAACACAUGAAGGUCAUCUUAAAAAUCCUUGUGCAUAACUUCUACAAAACUGGCUUAAGUGACAAUUAUCAAUAUGCUUCUCUUGGGUCAGUUUACACCCAAACACUCAAGAAUAUGUUUUGAAAAUAAUGCACCUGGUUGCAUAAUGUAAAAUCAACCAGGUUAAAUAGGAAAGAUGUCCAGGCGUGUUUCCUGGAUAGUGGUACAUACUAGAGGGACUCAUGAUGGGUAAAGGUGAUAUUCAAGUUACACAGCAUUUUACUAUAGGUUACAGCAUGCAAAUGUACUGCAGCAAAAUUUAUAACUGACAAUUAUGAAAUGGCAAAUUACAGCAUUCAGCUCUAAUAACAUGAAACAAUCCACAUGACACAACUGAAAAUACUGUUACUAAAACCAUCCAAGAUUUGAUCCCAGGAAAACUUCUGCAGAGCGCAAUAAAUAUUGCAAAAUGAUGG